AUAUCUACUCUGAAUUGUUGAUGGAAGGAAGUCAUAGAUGGAAAGGGCCGGAUUUUUGUUUAAGAAGCAAUGGUCUCGAAUUGUUCUGUUAUUUAACAGGUGGAAAUCUUGCAAUUAAAAUCGCAGAAAAGGUAUUAAAUAAAAAUUUAAAAGCGAUUGAAGGUUUGAUCUUAGAAAAAAGAUUCGUUCUGAAUCCAAGAAAACCUAAAAUGUCAUAUAAAAAUAUUAUUGAUUUUAACAAAAAACAAUCUCAAUUACCAUCUACAUUGUCAUUUGAACAACUUUUAAAAGGG